GCCAUGACCGUGACGUUGGGGCCCGGCAAACCAUGAUAUAAGCUUACACAGAACUUGCUGGCAAACGUUAUAACUUAUCACGAACCGUUCACGACUUAAAACACGGGGGACACAGAAUUAUGCCCCAGGGAUCUUCAACGCCUUGGUCCUAUCUUCUAAUUCGAAUCUUGUUCCAAUUUGUACUCAAGAUAUUUUACGGGACUAUAGUUGUGGAAAAUGCUGAUUUAAUACCAAAGACCGGACAACCAUGCAUUGUAUGUGCAAACCACAGUAAUUCCUUGACGGACGCAUUGCUUCUAGUUACCUCAAUUCCUAUGAGUCGACGUAACAUGUUAAGGCUCACUGCCAAGGCUACACAAUUUGGGCAGAGGACCUUCACUAGCUGGUUGAUUGAAUCCGCUGGCACUGUACCAAUCAAACGAAGAAAGGACUCCGCAGAUGGCACUGCUGAUAAUACUGAAGUGAUGGAGAAACUAAUGGAGGCAUUGGAAAUUGGCGAUGCUAUCUGCCUUUUCCCCGAGGGUAUGAGUCGAUAUCAUCCUACCAUAGCGCCUCUAAAAACCGGAGUUGCUCGCAUCGUUUCUGACGUACUGACGCGAAAUCGUGAUGACCCAAACUUUUCGGUUUCUAUAUUGACUUGCUCAGUUACUUACAUGCACCGACAACAUUUUCGCUCGGACGUUCUAGUUACUUUCAAUCCCCCUAUGACCUUCACUCCAAAGGAUAAUCCAGAACUUCUUGCACCUGUAAACUAUGACGAGAUUCGCGGCCUCACCGCCCAAAUGCACCAACAAAUCAGCUCUCGCACUAUUGAUUCCCCUUCUUGGGAUCUCGUUCGGUCGGCUAGGAUUGCUUCCAGGAUAUACGUUCCCCUUGGGACCCGCAUGAGUUUAGGAGAUUACGUUAGAGUAACCCGAACUUUUGUAGAAGCCUUCAAAGCUUCAGACGAUGCGCAAAACAGCAAGCAUAUUGCUGAAGACGACCCAAUUGAGUCUACCAGUGAAGAUUUGGAGCUUAAUCAGUUGCGAUAUGAUUUGCGGGACUACCAAGACCAGCUAGUACGAUGGGGCAUCAAAGACGAUCGUAUCCGUCGACCUCUUUCUCGGCGAGUCAUUCUAUCAAGAAUCAUAAUCCGUUUAUCUUGGUUUUCGUUCCUUUUCGUUAUUUCUCUCCCUGGCCUAGCCUUGUGGACACCCGUAUUCGCAGCCACCUUCUAUGCUGUGCAUAAUUUCAAGAAGAGUGGCCCGAUCUGGGAUACAUGGGAUGAGAUUGCACAAUACAAACUCAUCUAUGGUCUCAUUUCGGGUCUAUGCGUAUGGUUCGGCUCUGUCCUUCUCACUCUGCCAUUUGCUUGGAUAACUAUAUUCUUGGUGCCCUUGUUGAUGUGGAUGACUCUGCGCUGGCUUGAAGACGCAGUGUCGGCAUUCCGUGCAUUCACUGCGCUGGUUCGGCUGCUAAGGGUAGGAACAUCUACUCUCAAACGCAUGAGGGUGAGGAGACAAAAUCUACAUGGACGUAUAAUGAAUUUAGCUGUCAAGACGCUUGGUUUACCUGCCGACCCCGAGGUAUAUUUCCUUGAAAGUGGAGGAAAGGAGAAAGGUCGAGUUCGGGGGAGAUGGGAGAGCAGCGCGAAGUACUUUUCAGUGAGGAGGCGACGAAAGAGAGAUUGGAAUGAGACUCUUCGCUUAUAUGAUAAGGUGGAUUAUCCAGAGGAAGGGCAAUGACGACAUUCACUGUAGGCGGUUUGAACGUUGAAUAUCGAAUAAGAGGCAACAUUUCAGUUAAUUAUGGGCAAAGUGCUAGCCAAAUUGUCCGACAACAUAGCGAAUAGGAAUUAAUAUACAUCGCGUGCCAAAAAAGAGAGAGAAAGAGAGAAAGAUACUCGUGUCUACGGGAGUGAAAUUUGAUAAAGCUGAGGAGAGUGCUAUAAAAAUCAUGGCGUCAAGGUCGUAAGCAUAUUUGGAGAGGUAUUAUCCCAGUAUAGGCUGAUAUGCUCUGUUGCCUGCAGCCCAUUUCCUGUGACGAUGACUCCAAAUCCUACCAAAAUCCCGACUACCCAAGAUAUCGUG